UGCUGCAAUCAAGACGUCAAGCAAUAUUGAAACUUUAAGAAUAUAAUCGACUUUCAAGACCUAAUAGAUUCACAAGAAUAGUGAUUUCACCAUGAGCAACAUUAGCAACGACAGUGGACUGGAUGACUCAGCCAACAGUGGCGCCGUUGUCAACGCCAAUGGUCCUUUGGCAGCCACCCGGUUAUCCUGGUUUCUGGCCGAAGUUGACGAAGGUUUGAUGAAGGAUGGCAAAUCGAAUGGACAUCCCCGUCUCUGCGUACUCCACUCCAUGGAACUGCUGGAGUCGGAUGUGUCCGACAAGUACAUGACUCGCUUCGUAGAGUUCCGGGUCAAUGGAAUGGUGCUGGAGGCGAAGCUCAUCCUGGCGGCGGAUGAGAGGCGUCUGGUGGAUGCCGCCCUGCUUUCGCUGAGCAAGGAGCAGCGUGAGGAUGCGAGUGCCCAACAACUGUUGGUCCAGUACUCCGAAAGCGAAAAGGGAGGCGAGCGUCUAGUGCAGAAACUGGUCUCCCCGAACAAUGUGAUGUGGAUAAGCACCAAGCCCGAGCUGAAGGGCAAUCCCCUGGUGAGACUGGCUCCCGGAUGCAUCGCCCAUGUCUUGUAUGCCUACGAUCAGCGCGAUUACAUGGAGAAGCUCCUGUUGCACCUGAAGGCGCGCAGCUUCGAUCUCGCCUUCGAUGACAAUGUGGAAACGGAACCGGAGGCCAUGACCGACGACUCCUGGAUGUUGGUGCAAUACAGUCCCGAGCCGGAAAUGCUGGUCUACCAGGUGGUCCAGUACCGCCAGACUGUGUGGCGGAAGGAGAAUCUCUUCAAGGACGUUAUUGCCUACAUGCAACUUCCUGGCAGCGACAUCGUUCUGCAGGCCGUGGUUAUCAGCUUUGGCCAAAGCAAAGAGGUCCAGGCAGCCAAGUACGAAGAGCUGCGGCGCUUGGCUUUUGAUAUUGACUUUCCACUGCCCGAGGAACUGGAGAAGCACCCGGACCUCGGCACUUCCACCGCCCUCUUCUCCCGCACCAGUUUAUACCAGAAGGCAGAGCAGCGCGAUCCAACUGGGGAGCACAAGGGGCUGCGGAAAAGUCUGGAGCAGAUGAACGAAAAGGCCCAGGGGGAAGCCCAGAUGAUCAUAGAUGCCUUCGACAUGGUGGACAACAUAAACAAGAACCUUCAGAGCCGGUUGUCCGGAGAAGCGCAAUCAGCUGUGGAAGCCACUUCCGGAGAUGAACUAAAUUAAUAGGAAUAUUAAUUUAGGAUUUAGGAUAAAAUUUAGCAAAUUAAGUUUCCUACAAAGUUUAAAACUUAUUCAU